AUGCUGCCUUUUAAGGUAGUUAAUCAAGGUGGGAAGCCAUACCUAACCGUGGAAAUGAAAAGUAGCAAAAUAAAGUUGAUGAGCCCUAAGGAAAUCAUUAGUAUGAUGCUGAAAGGGAUCAAGCAAAAAGCAAAAUCACACUUGGGGAUGGAAAUCGAGGAGGUCGUGCUCACUCAUCCAGCUUUUACUUUUUCCAAUGCGCAAGUUCAGACCAUUCAAGAUGCAGGAGCCAUUGUCGGGCUAAAAGUUAAUGUGGGAGGAGAAGAUUUUGAUCAUAGAGUUAUGGAUUACUGCUUGAACCUGAUCAAGAACAAAUACAAUAGAGAUAUAAGUGGUGAUAAGCAGGCUGUUACAAGGCUUAUAAAGGAGUGUGAGAAAGCUAAGAAAGUCUUGUGUGACCAGCCGCGUGUAGAUGUCAAAAUCGACUCACUUUUUGAUGGAGUUGAUUUCUCUGAACCACUAUCAAGGGAAACAUUCAAAGAGCUGAACAUGGAUCUGUUUUAG